GCCCUGCCCUUCGCAGGAAGCACCCUGGCACUUCCGAAAAAACCUCCGCCCGGCGGGCCAAGUGCCCCAUCAACGCUUCUCAACACGCGCGAGAUUACUUUGGUCAACCCUUCUAUCGUACAAAGGGGAAACUGAGGUCUGAUGAGGGGCAGGGACUUGCUGCUCCACGUCCACUCCGUGGCAGAGCUGGCACUGGGAAGAAUACAGGUUGGAGGAGGCGUCCCCCGCCCCGUGGCCGGGAGAGCAGCGGGUAGCAGUGGCCAUCACGCACCCUGGUAUCACGUCCGCCAUGCGUGCCCCGCGCCGCCUCUGAGUCCAGGAGUUCCAGCCCAGGGCCCGCGAGCCUGCCCGCCCCCGCGGCCACACCAUGAGCCACGGGCCGAGCCCCCGGCUGGCCGAGUCCCCGCAGCUGUCCAAGGGCAGCCUCCUGACCAUCCUGGGCAGCCCGUCGCCCGAGCGCAUGGGGCCAGCCGACUCGCUGCCGCCCACGCCGCCCAGCGGCACGCCCUCGCCGGGGCCGCCCCCCGCGCUGCCGCUGCCGCCGGCGCCCGCGCUGCUGGCCGACGGGGACUGGGAGAGCCGCGAGGAGCUGCGGCUGCGGGAGCUGGAGGAGGCGCGCGCGCGCGCGGCGCAGAUGGAGAAGACCAUGCGCUGGUGGUCGGACUGCACAGCCAACUGGCGCGAGAAGUGGAGCAAAGUGCGCGCCGAGCGCAACCGCGCGCGCGAGGAGGUGCGCCAGCUGCGCCAGCGCCUCGACGCGCUCACCAAGGAGCUGGCGGGCGCGCGGCGCGAGCGCCAGGAGGCGCAGGGCGAGUGCGAGGCGCGGGGCCGAGAGCUGGCGCGGCUGCGGGGCGCCCGGGGGGACACGGACAGGCCGCCCGACGGUCCCGAGGCCGAGCCAGAGAGGGAGCAGGAGCCGGUGCGCGACGUGGGGUCAGAGAGACCCCAGAGCAGCCAGGAGCUGGAGUUGGUGGAGAGCCUACUCAAGAGCAGACCAGAGGAGCCCGAGGGCUGCUGGGAGGCACGCAGCGUGGGGACUGGGACCCCACGGGGUAGCUCAGGCCGCCAGGAACGCAGCCGGCUGCCCUGGGAGGACACCGCCACCAUUGAGGAAGACGCCUCCAAGUUGACUGCCCUGCGGCUACGGCUGGAUGAGUCCCAGAAGGUGCUACUCAAGGAGCGAGAGGAUAAAAUGGCACUGAGCAGGAACAUCGAGAAGCUGGAGGGAGAGCUCAGCCAGUGGAAGAUCAAGUAUGAGGAGCUGAGCAAGACCAAGCAGGAGAUGCUCAAACAACUCAGCAUCCUGAAGGAGGCCCACCAGGACGAGCUGGGCCGCAUGUCCGAAGACCUGGAGGACGAGCUGGGUGCGCGCUCCAGCAUGGACAGGAAGAUGGCAGAGCUGAGGGGUGAGAUGGAGCGGCUGCAGGCGGAGAACGCAGCUGAGUGGGGUCGCCGCGAGCGGCUGGAGACGGAAAAGCUGGGCCUGGAGCGUGAGAACAAGAAGCUGCGGGCGCAGGUCGGGGACCUGGAGGAGGCGCUGGCCCGGCGACGGAGGCAGACAGCCAGCGCGCUGGACUGCGACCUGCGGGCCAGCCAGGCCGCGCUCUUCGAGAAGAGCAAGGAGCUGGCAGACCUGAAGCACGUGCACGGCAAGCUGAAGAAGCAGUUCCAGGAGAAGGUGGCAGAGCUGGCACACGCCAACCGGCGGGUGGAACAGCACGAGGCAGAGGUGAAGAAGCUGCGGCUGCGGGUGGAGGAGCUCAAGAAGGAGCUGGCCCAGGCUGAGGACGAGCUGGACGAGGCCCACAACCAGGCGCGUAAGCUGCAGCGGUCGCUGGACGAGCAGACAGAGCAGAGCGAGAACCUGCAGGUGCAGCUGGAGCACGUGCAGUCCAGGCUCCGCAGGCAGCAGCAGAACGCCCCCCUCUUUGGAAAGAUCCGCAACACCCGCUUUAGUGCCGAGGAGGCAGGGGACGGAGCCAGCGACCUGGACGAGGAUGAGGACCUGCAGAUCCAAGUGGCCUAGGGCCCGCAGGGCUGGGCAGCACCAGCCCGCAGCCCAGGCCCCCAGUACCCAGGCUGACCAGCCCCUCAGCCGAUGCCUCUGCCUGUGCUCAUCCCGGGAACAGACCCCGGUCCCUGCCACGGACGACUUCCUUUUCUCCCACAGUGGGCAUCGGUGGUCCCUUACCUGCACUCUGUGGAAGGGAAGCCAUGGCCUAUGUUUUAUACAUAUAUUAUAUAUAUAUAUAUGCCCCUGGGGUCCUUGGACCCAUUUGGUUUUAUAGACACAGGACCACUCUGAGGCCUCAGUCUGGGUGCCCCCACCCACCCAGGACCUUCUUGCAGGGGGCAAGGGUGUCAAAGGAGGGGUGUUGGGGCCUCCACCCAGGCUGCCUCUCUGGGCCUCAGGGUUUGGGCGGGAGCUGUGGCUGUUCAUAGUACAAUAAACCCGGUCUUUUGUAAUAAAUGGAGUUCAGGUUCU